AUGCAAAGAUACUCUGAAGUAGUAAAUAUGCAAGAACAAGAGCUAGAAGGCAAAAACAAGCAAGUUUAUGGAAAAAGGUCAGGAAGGCAAAAAGCUUUAGGAAAAUACACGAAAAAAAAG